AUGGGACCUCCGAGACCAUUUAUCGCUACAAGUUCCGUAACGAGGGCAAGAGUUGGUCAAAAAGAUAGACCCGUUUGUCUAGAAACUGAAGCGCCAUGUACUUCUCCUAAAGUAGAUGAAGAAAUUGUGUUGGAUAGACUAGAUGAACAGAAAACUGACGAUGACACUACUAGUACACCACAGGUAGUGUCAUCGUCAGAUGGUGAUGACAUCACUGAGGAGCCAAAGUCGGAGAUGGAGUUCAAUUCGUUUGAAGACUCGUUGAGCUAUUAUAAGCAUUAUGCUAAAAAAUGCAAGUUUGAGGUGAUGACACAAAUGAGUGAGAGAUCAGAGGAUCAAAGUGUCAGAUAUGUCACCCUUGGUGUGCACGGGAAGGGAAGGCCCAGAAUAAGAGUUUCAAUCUUGCCAACCCACAUCCGACGGGAACAACGGACUGUAAGAGAAGUGAGCGAGACCAUGAAAAGAGUCCUAGACACAAAUGACUUAGCUGGCAUUCGACUGAAUAAGAGUUACGGAUCACUUGUCGUUGGCUCAGGUGGCUUCGAGAACCUCCCAUUUUUGAAAAAUGAUUGUUGCAAUUACAUCUACAAAGCACGACAUUUACAACUUGGUGCGGGUGGUGCUAGAGCACUUCGAGAUUAUUUUAUGAGGAUGCAAUACAAGAAUAACGAGUUUUUUGAGUUGAUGGAUUUAGACGAUGAUGGAAGGUAUGGGAUGCCCUUCACACCAUUUGUUGGUGUAAAUCACCAUGGGCAAUUGAUUCUUUUGGGGGUUGGGUUGAUUUCCAGCGAUGACAUGGAGAGCUUUAUAUGGCUGUUCCAAACCUGA